GGAGCACACACAUUACCUCUACACACUCAGAUAAACCUAGAGUAUAUACACAUUAACUCUUACAAUCGAGAAAAUGGUUGGCGCUCCUCUUAACAAAACCUCCUUGCCCUCGGCUAAUGGCACAAGAACUACUACUACUCUCUCUUCAAACUCUGUUCUCGCUCUUAACACUGGCGAUCCGACGGUGUUUGAGCCGUUUUGGCAAAAGAUGGGUGACAAGUGUGACGUGUUGAUCCGGGGCAGUGAUUUGAUGAGCUAUUACAGUGAUAAAAACAAUGUGUGCUGGUUUUUGGAGCCAGAACUGGGUGAUGCCAUCAAGAGAUUGCACGGUGUGGUAGGAAAUGCGGUAACAGACGAUAGGCAUAUUGUGUUGGGGACAGGCUCAACGCAGCUCUUCCAAGCUUUGCUUUAUGCUCUCACUGCUCCUGCUGCUUCUGAACCUGAUGAACCAGUCAGUGUUGUUUCUUCUGCCCCUUACUAUUCGUUAUAUCCUGAAAUGAUAGAAAUCCUACACUCGGGGCUAUACAAGUGGGCAGGUGAUGCAUAUACCUUUAACGAGGAUGGAGGACCCUACAUAGAGGUGGUGAAUUCACCAAACAACCCAGAUGGUACUCAUAGAGAAGCGGUGGUGAACGGUGAUAAAGGAAAGGUUAUCUAUGACUUUGCUUACUACUGGCCACAAUACACAGCCAUUACCUCUGCAGCAGAUCAUGAUAUUAUGCUCUUUACAUUGUCCAAAUGCACAGGACAUGCUGGUUCCCGCAUUGGAUGGGCUCUUGUUAAGGAUAAAGACAUUGCUGAAAAGAUGACUGAUUACAUAGCAAUCAGCUCAAUUGGUGUAUCAAAAGAAUCACAGGUCAGAGCAGUAAAAGUCAUAGGAGUGCUUUGUGAUGGCUGCGAAAAUGAUGGGCUUGUAGAAUCAGAGAACUUUUUUGAAUUUUCUCGAAAUCUCAUGGCUAAAAGAUGGCAGAAAUUAAGAGAAGCUCUUAAACAUAGCGAGUGUUUCACUUUGUCCAAGCAUCCAAGACAGCAUUGCCUCUUCACUGGCGAGUUCACUAAAACAUUGCCAGCUUUUGCAUGGUUGAAGAGCAAAGAAGGCAUAGAGGAUUGUAAUGAAUUUUUAAGAGGAUUAAAGAUUGCUGGAAGAGGGGGCAAGGCUUUUGGUGUCGAUCCAAUAUUUGCUAGGGUUAGUAUGUUAAGCAGGGAAGACGAGUUUAACCAAUUUAUAGAGCGAUUGGUGGUUGCAACCAAGGGGAUUAGCAAUGGACAUUAAUUUAUAUCUUGGAGUCCUGGGAGUUUGAGAUGAAAUUUGUAAAAUUCUUAUAAGAGAGUUUCAUAAAU